CAUCUGGACAACAAAGGGCUCAGAGGAGUUUAUACUGAGGCAGCUGUGAGGAGGCGCAGCAGACGAACUCAUCUCUUCACCAUGAAUCCUGCUCUGCUGGUGUUGGCGUUGUCGCUGCUGGCCACAGCGGCGGCUCAGUCUCACUCUGAGUCUCAUGACCAUUAUGACAUGGACUGGGUCAAUGGCUACCGCCAGAGCUUCAACUUCCAGUGUCCCCACGGAGAGGUCCUUGUGGCAAUCAGAAGCUAUUUCAGCGAGAGGGACGGCUCGGACCGCUUGUGGACAUUUGAGUGCCAGCCCACACCUCAUGGUCUGGGGGAGCCCAGUGACUGCUGGUGGGACGACAUCAACCGUGCUGGGAUGGAGUGGACUUCCACGUGCACCCGCAACGGCCUGGUGGCAGGUGUCCAAAGCAAGUACUUUGAACCUGUGCUUGACCGAGAAUGGCAGUUCUACUGCUGCUACUACAAACGCCGCUGUCCCUACUCCUGCAUGAAGACCAGUGACGUCCCUGAACACUACAGAGAAGAGGGAGAGAUGGUUGUCCCAAGUUAUGGCUACUUCAUCCGAGGUGCCCAAACCACCUUCAGCGGGGUGCUAAGAGAUCGGCAGUGGAAGUACAUCUUGUGCAGAAUGACAGACUUUGACUGUGAAUUUGAGAAUCUAUAGACUUGUAAGGAGGAUUUUUAUCAAUGCACAGUUUUAAUGCAUAUUCACUCAUUUAUGCAAAAAACAUAUUACUGACCUUACAUAUUACUGUUCCUGUUUUCACCAACCAUGACUAUAUAAUCACUGUUUUUAAUUGCCAAGCAUGCGUAAGGAGUCAAUUUAAAUGAAGGUGACCUUGCAAAUAAACAUGCUCACAGCGGGUCAACGGGGAUUUGGGUUCCACUUGGAACUUGGGACAGAUUUUAUUUUUUUUGUUGUUUUUUUGUAGCUGUGGAAGGAAAUAGAAGUCCACUGGCAGCAUGUCAAAGCGGUUUCCAAAAACAAACUGAAAUUUCUGUGUGCAAGGUUGCGGAAAACACAGACUCUGCUCCACGAUGUCUUAAUUAAGUCUCUUGGUUCAGAUCUCGUGAUUUUCAACAACGUUCAGUGAGCUGACUGAUUGAGAUAUUCUCUUGGUGGUGACUCUUGGAGCUGUUGUGUAUCUAGUGAUAGAAAAAGCUCUAUUUGAAUCACUGCCAACUGAGGAACUUUGCAUGCACGAAAGUGGGUAUAACCUGCUUUGUAAUGGCAACACGUACAUUCUAUAUUUGGCAAUUAUAUGCUGUACUAAAACUCAUGUAACUGUGCUGUGUGAAAAUGGGAUUAAACACAUCAUUUAUUUAAAGUAAAA